AUGCCGAAGUAUUAUUGUGAUUAUUGUGAUACGUACUUAACUCAUGAUUCACCGUCAGUGAGGAAGACCCAUUGUGGUGGUAGGAAUCACAAGGACAACGUGAAAGAAUACUAUCAGAAGUGGCUAGAAGAACAGGUUCAAAGACUGGUGGAUCAUACAUCUGAAGCGUACAAACAAGGCAAAAUGCCGCCCCCACUCUUUGGUGCAGCGACAGGAAUGCCCCCUCCAGGGCUGGGUUAUCCUCCACGGUAUCCUAUUAUUGGCGUCCCUGCGGGAUUCAGGCCACCCCAUCCUUUGGUUCCUCCUCAAGGCAUGAUUAUUCCACCAAGGCCACAAGUGCCUUGGCCGCAACCAGGAGUCGCAGUCCCUCCAACCUACACUGUGCCACCUCAAUAA